GUCCAUCAUUACGAUUAUUGAAAGAUCCAUCGUCAAAACCAAGUAACGAUAUUUGUUAUCUUGAACAAAUCAUAUCAUAUUUUCGUUUUUAUUUUAGAAUCCAAACCAAAUGAAGCACGACCAACUACGGAAUAA